UGCCGGGGAGCAGGGAGGGGAAGGAUCGUAAGAGGAAGGGUUCAGUCCCCACGGAUUGAGGCGCAGGUUUCUUCCCUCGUCGCCCGGGCACGGAUUUGGAAUUCUUUAGAUGCUGGGUGAAUAAAGACAGUGAAGAGUGUUUGUGGUAGAGGUAAUGGCACGUGCAAAGACUUGGCCUGUUCAAGGAACUGCCAUGAGGAGCUCUGAGCUAAGGAGGGUCCUGAUCUGUUAGGUCUGAACAGGCUCCCUCUGCCUGUCGCGUAGGGAAUAGACCAGGAGGUGGGGGGCCGGGAGGAGGUUACUGGGGCAGUAGAGGUAUGCAAAGUGGUCUGAGGGGUCAGAUGUGGAGCAUGCAUGACCUCAGCAAAGGAAAGGUGGUUUGGGCAUAAGGAGCCAGAGGGCGUGAGUCUGAGACCCCAGUAGACCCCAAGGGUUAAGAGAGGCCUCACUCUGGGGCUGUGACCCCACCUGAGCCAGGCUGGUGCAGAAUGGGCGGGUCUCAGGGUAUAUCCUGUGUCUGGAUUGACUGGAGGUGUGUGUGGCCUCAGUGCAAGAUGGCGGCGACCGAGGCGGUGCAUCACAUUCACCUGCAGAACUUCUCCCGCUCUCUGCUUGAGACCCUCAACGGGCAGCGGCUGGGUGGGCACUUCUGUGACGUGACUGUGCGCAUCCGCGAGGCUUCACUGCGUGCACAUCGCUGUGUGUUGGCCGCUGGCUCGCCCUUCUUCCAGGACAAGUUGCUGCUCGGCCACUCCGAGAUCCGCGUGCCCCCUGUGGUGCCCGCGCAGACAGUGCGCCAGCUCGUCGAGUUCCUCUACAGCGGCUCGCUAGUGGUGGCGCAGGGUGAAGCGCUGCAGGUGCUCACAGCCGCGUCGGUGCUGCGCAUCCAGACGGUGAUCGACGAAUGCACACAGAUCAUCGCCCGCGCCCGCGCCCCUGCCUCGGGCACCCCCGCGCCCGCGCCCCUGCCAACGCCAGUGCCCCCGCCGCUCGCGCCCGCGCAGCUGCGCCACCGCCUGCGCCACUUGCUGGCCGCCCGACCCCCAGGCCACACCGGUGCCGCGCACAGCCGCAAGCAACGCCAGCCCGCGCGCCUGCAGCUGCCUGCGCCCCCCGCUUCUGCCAAGGCGGAGGGCUCAGAUGCCGACCCCGCUCUGACCGCGGCCCCAGACGACGGCGGUGACGACGACGAGGAGGAGACAGAUGACGAGACCGACGGCGAGGAUGGCGAAGGUGGCGGCCCGGGUGAGGGCCAGGCGCCCCCUUCUUUCCCCGACUGCACCGCGGGCUUCCUCCCCGCGGCCGCUGAUGCAGCGCGCGAGGAGCCGCCUGCGCCCGCCGGCCUCUCUGAUUACGGCGGAGACGGGAGGGACUUCCUCCGGGGGACUUCUGCGGCCGAGGACGUGUUCCCCGACAGCUACGUCUCCUCUUGGCAAGACCGGGAUCAAACCGCCCCUGAAGGCUGUCCCACCGAGACCCCGGCCCCGCCCGACUGCGUCCUGUCUGUACCCCGUCCACCUGGCGUGAAGACCCCUGGGCCGCCUGUCGCGCUUUUCCCCUUUCAUCUGGGCGCUCCCGGGACACCUGCGCAAACCCCUCCCGCGCCCUCUGGGCCGGCCCCCGCGCCCCCGCCCGCCUUUUACCCUUCGCUCCAGCCAGACGCAGCUCCCAGCGCGCCUCUGGGGGAAGCCUCGGCCCCACCGGCCGCUCCCACCGUGGCCCCCUCGACAACCACUGCGCGCGCCCCGGGGGCCGAGCCGCCCGCCUACGAGUGCAGUCACUGCCGCAAGACGUUCAGCUCUCGGAAAAACUACACCAAGCACAUGUUCAUCCACUCGGGGGAGAAGCCCCAUCAGUGCGCCGUGUGCUGGCGAUCUUUCUCGCUGCGCGACUACCUGCUCAAGCACAUGGUCACGCACACGGGCGUGCGCGCCUUCCAGUGCGCUGUUUGCGCCAAGCGCUUCACGCAGAAGAGCUCGCUCAACGUGCAUAUGCGCACCCACCGGCCAGAGCGCGCGCCCUGCCCUGCCUGCGGCAAGGUCUUCUCGCACCGCGCGCUGCUGGAGCGCCACCUGGCAGCGCACCCUGCGCCCUGACCCUGGCCUGGGGCCUGACCACUCCCCCCGGGGUCGGCAGCGCGCACCGAGGAGGCGACACCUGCUGCGGCACCUGGACCACGUUCCCGCAGCCAAACCACGCUUUUUCCUCAGCGCAGGCCUUCCUUCUGCUUCCACCCUUUUCUCCAGCCCAGCUCGCCUCACUCCUCUCCUCCCACGUAUUCAGACCCUCGGGGCGGUGGCGGGCUGGUCGAGGACCCGACCACCUCUGGAAACUGGAUCAUCUCCAGCCUGAACCAGGACUCACCCAUGGUGCCGAGCCCAGGAUUCUUGACUCCAGCUGGGAUUCACUCCCCUCCCUCUCCCGUGAGUGGGCGGAGUCUAGGGCUGCUCCUGUAUUAGGCCGGUCGAGGUCCCUGGCGCCCCACCCCGAGCUACUCCCUCAUCUGGCAUCUAAGGAGCCUCAGGUGGACCCGUCAUGGACAGAGGCCUAGUCUGGGAGCCCCUGCUCUGUAAUAAAGGACUGGACCAUGGGCCCCAAGUACUGAA